AUGUGGACCGAUUUCAGCCUGACAAAUCUGACCUCUGCGGUUCCCACAACAAAAUAUUAUUAUACAUAUGACGAACCAGAAUGGUGGGAAGACCUCACUGGGCUCAGUGACUACAUAGAGCAAAAGAUUAUUUCUUUCAUCACCAUUUUUAUUAGCAUUUUCGGAUUUAUGGGGAACGGAAUUGUCCUCUGGCUCCUCGGCUUCCGCAUUAAGAGGAAUUCUUUCACUGUCUUAAUCCUGAACUUAGCUGCUGCCGAUCUCGGAGUCCUCCUAUCGCUGGCUGUCUUUUUUGCUGUCUCAGAUUCCUCUUUGGAGCUGAUCUACGUGGAGCUCAUCAUAUUCACGUACAGCACUGGCCAAUUUCUACUGACGGUGAUCAGCAUUGACCGGUGCGUGUGUGUCCUCUUCCCAAUCUGGCAUCGACUUCACCGACCAUCUCGCUUGUCCGUCAUUGUAUGUGCUGUCAUCUGGGUCCUCUCUUUCCUGCUUAAUGGGAUCCACUACGUACUCUUCAAGACCAAAAUCCUGGAAAACAACAACCAUCGGGUGUUCUACCAGUUUUUUGUGAACACUCUGCUUUGCGUCCCACUCAUGAUCAUCUCCACUCUGACCUUGUUCAUCAAAGUCUAUUUGAAAUCCCAGCAGCAUCGUCGAGGAAAGCUUCUUACAGCUAUCUUUCUUACUCUCCUUUUUUUCCUCCUCUUUGCUGUCCCACUGAAUGCCACUUACUUGAUCUUUACUUUCUCCAGUGAUUCAAAUUCCUCUCCGAUGCGGUAUGGCUUACUAUGUACUUCCUUAAACAGCAGCAUCAACCCGCUUAUUUAUUUCUUGGUUGGGAGAAAGAAGAGGGGUCAGCCUAGAGAAAGCUUGAAGGCCAUGCUCCAGAAGAUUUUGGAAGAGGAAGAAGGCUACAGAGGGGAAGCACAGCCCCCUGAUUCAAACCCAGUUACAAUGCCUCCAGAAACUCCAACUCGUUACAACAUUAUAGAUGCAGUAGUAAUGGAGUAG